AGAAGUUCAAUCUGAGGAUACACAGACGCGACCUGCAGACGCUGUGCGGGCUGAACUGGCUGAACGACGAGGUGAUCAACUUCUACAUGAACCUGCUGAUGCAGCGCGCCGCCGAGCGGCCCAAGCUGCCGCGCGUGUAUGCCGCCAACACCUUCUUCUACCCCAAGCUCAUGCAGGCGGGCCAGGCCGGCCUCCGCCGCUGGACCCGCAAGGUGGACAUCUUCGCGCACGACUUGCUGGUGGUGCCGGUGCACUUGGGCGUGCACUGGUGCGUGAGCCUGGUGGACUUCCGCGCGCGCCGCGUGGCCUACCUGGACAGCAUGGGCGGCCGCAACGCCGCCUGCCUGCAAGCCCUGAUGCAGUACCUGCGCGACGAGCACCAGGACAAGAAGGGCUCGCCCUUCGACGACGCCGGCUGGCGGACAGAGUGUCUCAAGGACAUCCCGCAGCAGAUGAACGGCAGCGACUGCGGCAUGUUCGCGUGCACGUUCGCGGAGUUCACGUGCCGCGACGCGCCCUACACCUUCUCGCAGGCCCACAUGCCGUACCUGCGCCGCAAGGCCGCGCUCGAGAUCCUGCAGGGCAAGCUGCUGCUAUAGACCGCAGGCCGCAGACCGCAGGCCGGGCGACACCACUCGCGACCACCGAGCGUUUGUUCCCGAAAGUUUAGUGCGAGUGAUGUGAUGACCGGCGUUGACGACCUCCCGAGAUAUAGUAAGUGAAUGCCGCGCGAUAUCGAGCGUCGCCUGAGACAGUAUCCGCUACCUAGUUAAGUCUGAAACUAUUUAAGUUAUAUUUAUAUCGCUGAGCCUGGUCGGGUCGCGCGCGUAAUGCCGGCCGGCGCGGCGCCUUUAGUGAACCUUAUUUUAAUACUUGAUUGAUUUAUGUAUAAGUAUCAUAGAAAUAUGUACAUAAUAUUAUUAUAACACUACUCUUGAAUGUUUGUUUCUUCCAGUAGAACUUUAAAGUAAUAAAUCAGUUACAAAAUAGUCAUUGCAUUUGAGAUUUUCUCGAGGUGGUGUAGGAUGACAUGAUUCAGUUGUUUCUUUAAGUAAGCAGUAACAAUAUUCACACAUUAUUAACAUUACUAAAUAGGACAUAUUGCUAUCCUUUUUUCUUUUUAUUAAUGAUACACAUUUUCUUUGUCUCUAAACAAACAGAUGAGAAAAACUUUGCAACCUCUAUAAAGUGAAGAACCAAAAAAUAUAUGUUCAUAUUAUUUAACAUAAUAAAUGGAAACAUUAUUUACAUGCCUCAUGCAUGUAGCGACUAGCGAUUUAUAGAAUAUCAGUCGAAAUACACUGGGUCCAGAGCCAGAGACCUAAUGAUACCUGGAGCUGUGUAGUGAAAAAACAAGUUAAAGUUUAGUUACAACACUUGCAUGAUGUAUACAUAGAAAAUUAAAUGUUUUGUAGGGGUGGCAUCGUUUUUAUCUUUGAUAUGUAAUUUUGUCUAAUUAAUUGGUUGUAUAUUUUGAUCUCUAAUCUCUAGCAGACAUAAAUCUUAUAUAACAUAAAUAAAUAGAUUGGGUGGCAUAUUGGAUCAUUACUGUUUUUAAUACGACUUUAUGACAUAUCACACAUUUUUGUUCAAAAUUCGUCCAAAACAAAAAUAUUUCCAUUCCAUGAGAUCUUGUGAGAAAAAUAUGUGUAUUUGUAAAUUUGUACUUUUUCUCUCUACUAAAAUACUUAUUAUUUACCCCCUUCAAUUUUGUUACUAAUUCAGACGCAUUGUGAUUUCUUGUCAUUUAGUUUAUUUAUAAUGCUAGUUUGUAAUAAAAUGUAAACAAUUUCAUUUGGAAGUUUUGUAAUUAGGUAUUUUUAUCAAAGUUAAUAAUCAAUCUGUGUGGUAACUGUUUUGUCCAUCUUGUCAAGCACUUGGAUGCCUGACAAAAUGAACGUUUUCACAUUUGAUGUGAAGACUAUCCUAAGUUGUGUAAGUGAUGGAGUAAAUUAAAUAAUAAAACAUUAUGAAAUCAA